CUACGCCCCCUGAUUUGAUUGGCUGCUGAGCUCCAGCGGCGACCGCCUGUGACCCGCGGGCAUCGCGGUUCAGCUCUGAGAUCCGGGUUCGGUCAGGUCGACCCUACUGUCCGUUCUCCCUUUGGAGUAUUCAUGCUUCACCAUGUUGAGAGCUAAGAAUCAGCUUUUUUUGUUAUCACCCCAUUACCUGAAGCCUCUAAAUAACCUAUCAGCCUCCAGGUGGAAACGGCUUCUACAUCAGCAGCAACCCCUUCACCCAGAAUGGGCUGUACUGGCCAAAAAGCAGCUGAAAGGCAAAAACCCAGAGGACCUAAUAUGGCACACCCCAGAAGGGAUCUCUAUAAAACCCUUAUAUUCCAGGGCGGAUACUAUGGACUUACCUGAAGAACUUCCAGGAGUGAAGCCGUUCACACGUGGACCGUAUCCCACCAUGUAUACCUAUAGGCCCUGGACCAUCCGUCAGUAUGCAGGCUUUAGUACUGUUGAAGAAAGCAAUAAAUUCUAUAAGGACAAUAUUAAGGCUGGUCAGCAGGGGUUGUCUGUUGCCUUUGACUUGGCAACACAUCGUGGGUAUGAUUCAGACAACCCCCGAGUUCGUGGAGACGUUGGAAUGGCGGGAGUUGCUAUUGACACUGUAGAAGACACCAAGAUCCUAUUUGAUGGCAUUCCUUUAGAAAAAAUGUCCGUUUCCAUGACCAUGAAUGGAGCCGUCAUCCCAGUCCUGGCAACGUUUAUAGUAACGGGGGAAGAGCAAGGUGUGCCAAAGGAGAAGCUCACAGGCACAAUUCAGAAUGAUAUCCUAAAGGAGUUCAUGGUCAGAAAUACUUAUAUUUUCCCCCCAGAGCCGUCCAUGAAAAUAAUUGCUGACAUUUUCCAAUACACAGCACAGCAUAUGCCAAAAUUUAAUUCCAUUUCGAUUAGCGGGUACCAUAUGCAGGAAGCAGGAGCUGAUGCCAUUUUAGAACUGGCCUAUACUAUCGCCGAUGGGUUGGAGUACUGCAGAACUGGACUUCAGGCUGGACUCACAAUUGAUGAAUUUGCUCCAAGGUUGUCUUUCUUCUGGGGAAUUGGAAUGAACUUCUACAUGGAAAUAGCCAAGAUGCGAGCUGGGAGAAGACUGUGGGCUCACUUAAUAGAAAAAAUGUUCCAGCCUAAAAACUCCAAAUCUCUUCUCCUAAGAGCACACUGCCAGACAUCGGGGUGGUCACUUACUGAGCAGGAUCCUUACAAUAACAUUGUCCGCACUGCAAUUGAAGCCAUGGCAGCUGUGUUUGGAGGAACACAGUCUUUGCAUACGAACUCUUUUGAUGAAGCUCUAGGCUUGCCUACUGUGAAAAGUGCUCGGAUUGCUCGGAACACACAAAUCAUCAUUCAAGAAGAAUCUGGGAUUCCAAAAGUGGCUGAUCCUUGGGGAGGAUCAUAUAUGAUGGAAUCUCUCACAAAUGAUGUUUAUGAAGCUGCUCUGAAGCUGAUACAUGAAAUUGAAGAAAUGGGUGGAAUGGCCAAAGCUGUAGCUGAAGGAAUCCCUAAACUUCGCAUUGAAGAGUGUGCUGCCCGAAGACAAGCUAGAAUAGAUUCUGGUUCUGAGGUAAUUGUUGGAGUAAAUAAGUAUCAGUUGGAAAAAGAAGAGUCUGUGGAGGUCCUGGCCAUUGACAAUACUUCAGUGCGCAAGAAGCAGAUUGAGAAACUCAAGAAGAUUAAAUCCAGCAGGGACCCAGCUUUGGCUGAGCAGUGUCUCAGUGCACUGACCCAGUGUGCUGCCAGUGGAGACGGCAACAUCCUAGCUCUCGCAGUCGAUGCAGCUCGUGCGAGAUGUACAGUUGGAGAAAUCACAGAUGCUUUGAAAAAAGUAUUUGGUGAGCAUAAAGCUAAUGAUCGUAUGGUGAGUGGAGCAUAUCGCCAGGAGUUUGGAGAAAGUAAAGAGAUCACAUCUGCCAUCAAGAGAGUUAAUAAAUUCAUGGACCGUGAAGGUCGCAGACCUCGUCUUCUUGUGGCAAAAAUGGGACAAGAUGGCCAUGACAGAGGAGCCAAGGUCAUUGCUACAGGAUUUGCUGAUCUUGGUUUUGAUGUGGACAUAGGCCCUCUUUUUCAGACUCCCCGUGAAGUGGCACAGCAAGCCGUGGAUGCAGAUGUCCAUGCUGUGGGUGUCAGCACACUUGCUGCUGGCCAUAAAACCCUCGUUCCUGAGCUUAUCAAAGAACUUACUGCCUUGGGACGGCCAGAUAUCCUAGUCAUGUGUGGGGGUGUGAUUCCACCACAGGAUUAUGAAUUUUUGUAUGAAGUUGGUGUUUCCAACGUAUUUGGUCCUGGAACCCGGAUUCCCAGGGCUGCUGUUCAAGUGCUUGAUGAUAUUGAGAAGUGCUUGGCCGAGAAGCAGCAAUCUGUAUAACGUCUGGAUCUUUUAGUUAUGACCAAAGAACGUAGUAGUAAAUCUGUGUCUUCAGAUAAUCCCAACAUGUGUUAGUAUGCUUGCUUUGGAAACCUCAUAUCAAAAGACUGAUUAUAAAUGUGCAGUCAUGCCAAUACACAUAUUUAAAGAAUCUGAAUUAAAAAAAAACCCUCUGAAAAUCAUUUACACCAAAUAUUUUUUUAAGUAAACUAUUCUAGAAAAUUAAAAUGCUAUACUACUUAGAAAUAGCUAAUAAUACAAUUCUUAUAAAUAAUUAAACUUUGGUUUGUCCUUUGAGAUGAGGUCUCAAUGUGUAGCUCAAGUUGUCUUGCAGCUCACUCUGUAGACCAGGCUGGCCUCGAACUCAGAGAUCCACCUGCCUCUCUCUGCCUCCCUACUACAAGGAUUAGAGGUAUGUGCCUCUAUGCCCGACAAAUAGUUAAACUUUAUAUUUAAAAAAUGAAUGAUUCUUCAAUUUAGUGUUGAUUUGAGUACUAGCUACUCAAGUUCCUAUGUUAAUGUAUUUAACAAAAUAAUGCCAUUUAUCUCACAAGAAAUAGUGGAGGGUACUUAUGGAUGGAAAUAGACUGGGGUUGUGGUCCUCACAGGUCUACUGUUGCUUCACUUAAAGUAGUAGCUCUCAUCCCCUGUACAAAGGAAUAGGGACAUGGAAGAUAUGCCUUCCAGGUUGCUUCAGCUUCUUCUCAGCAUGGGAAUGAUACUGUUAAUGUCAGGUCUGGCCUCAAAACUCUGGCAAAGAUGUGUGUGUAUGCUCCCUUAAAUGAAGUGCUGAUGGACAGAUGAAUUUGCUAUAAUGGCAAUCUAAGUCUAUUAUAUAAAAUAAAUGAAUUUUCAGAUCUAGAAACAUGGUGGUCUGUAUAGAUUUUCUUAUUAAAGUUAAUUUACAAAAAUAAAAAUCAUCUGAAGAA